AUAGGGUAGUUAUCCCAGAAAAAUUACGCGAAAAUGUGUUGGAACUGUUGCAUGAGGGCCACCCAGGGAUUGUGCGGAUGAAGAGUUUAGCGAGGAGUUAUGUAUGGUGGCCCUUAAUGGAUAAGGACAUCAGCGACAGGGUAGGGAAAUGCCAAUCCUGCCAAGAAUCGAGGUCGCUACCCCCUACAGCCCCAGUUAGAGAGUGGGAGAAACCCCAGGGGCCUUGGUCCAGGAUUCACAUAGAUUUUGCGGGGCCGUUCCAUGGGCAGACCUUUUUAAUUGUAGUAGAUGCCUACUCAAAAUGGUUGGAAAUAAUCCUCAUGAAAAGCACAACGGCCGAAGCAGUAAUCACAGUCCUAAGGCAUCUAUUCGUAACACACGGCCUGCCCGACACCCUAGUCUCUGACAACGGCCCGCAAUUCACGGCAAAUCAGUUUGAGGGGUAUCUAGCGGGAGAGGGUAUCAGACAUGUCCUCUCGGCGCCUUUCCACCCGGCGACGAACGGACUUGCAGAACGUUUCGUUCGGAGCACCAAGGAAGCGCUAUCUAGGAUAAGUCCAGGCGACUGGCAAACGAAAAUAGACACUUUCCUGGCCGUCCAACAUAGGACCCCUUGUGUAACAACUGGCCGCAGCCCAGCAGAACUUUUAAUGGGCAGGAAACUCAGGUGCCCGCUAGACCGACUAAACCCAACUUAUACCCCAGACGGGUACAAGGGUAUUCAAGGAAAAACCAGGGAAAUGACAGUGGGUGACCUAGUAUGGGCACACAACUAUAGCGAGGGCCCAACAUGGUUAAAAGGGGAAAUUUUGGGCAUAACCGGACCCAAAUCAUACGUAGUAGACAUGGAGGACGGCCGGGUAUGGAAACGCCACAUAGACCAGCUAAGAAAACGUAUACCAAACAAAUUAGAAACCAAACAACCAGGCCCUGACUACCAAUUGUUUGAAUCUGCAGCUGACUCAAACCCGAGGCGAGCGGAGGACUUAUCUGAUUCCGAUGAAGUCCAGCGACGCCAACCGGUUCCUCCUGAAGGCAACAGGAACGAUUCAGCCAAUAAUCCAGGGCCGGACGGCCUAGAGGAGGAGCGGGGAGGAACAAACAGUCCCUCCGACCAGCUCGACUCUCUCCCAGAAAAUGAACUGCACAGGUCAGAA